GCGCGGCCGCGCAUGGAGCCGGCGCGGGUGCCCGACGCCGCCGCCUUCCGCGCCUUCCGGCAGCAGUGCGAGGGCAGCGGCGGCUGGCAGAGCUGCUACGGCCGCGGCGGCCUCGCCGUCUGCAUCCAGGCGCCGCCGCCGGGCUCCGGCGUGCACCGGCUCAAGUGCCGCAUCGACAUCCCGGACGUGCCGGCGGAGACCGUGUACGACGUGCUGCACGACGUCGAGUACCGCCGGAAAUGGGACACGGCCGUCAUCGACACGCAUGACAUCGCCCGGGUGGCUGCCAACGCCGACGUGGGCUACUACGCCUGGCGGUGCCCGAAGCCCUUGAAGAACAGGGACGUGGUGACACUGCGAUCCUGGCAGGUUCAGGAUGGGUAUCAUGCCAUCAUCAACUUCUCCGUCAAACACCCGAAGUAUCCUCCGCGCAAGGAUCUCGUAAGGGCGGUAUCUCUCUUAACGGGGUACCUGGUGCAUUCAACUGGGCCCAGCAGCUGCAGUCUGACUUACCUGGCUCAGGUGGAUCCAAAAGGGUCGUUGCCGAAGUGGGUUGUAAAUAAAGCUUCUCAGUACCUGGCACCACAGAUGAUGAAGAAAUUGCAUAAGGCCUGUGUGAAGUAUCCUGCCUGGAAGCAGCAGCACGAUGUGAGCGUGAAACCCUGGCUGUAUCCUGAGCAGAACAACCUUCCUCUCUUGGCACUGUCAGAGCUGGUGCUCCAGCGUGCCACCUCGCUGGAGAACAUAGAUGAGAGUGGCCUGUCGGAAGUGAAGGAAGAAAGGGGCGACCACAGUGGCUCGGAGAACUGAUGCUGUUCCCAUUGCUGUGGGGAGGAACACUACAUGAUGCUGCUCAGGCUUAGCUGUGUGCCUUAUGUUAAAAGGUGGGGUAGGGGAUCAUUCAAAAUAAUAAUAAAAAAAUAGUAGCUUUUUCUUCCA